AUGAGAGGAUUCGUUGUGGCUACGAUUAUAGUUGGUGCUGCCAACUGUGUUAUGGCCUUUGACUUUGAGCAAUUUUUCGGUGGUCAGAACCGUCAACAACAAAGGACGCAACAAAACAAUCAACCUCAAGACUACGAACAGCAACAACUCAACUCAGACUGCCAAAAAUAUCUUUGUCCUGAGACCUUUGCAUGUGUUGCUAAGCCUGUGGACUGUCCCUGCCCAUUUCCACAAUCCCAAAUAAAAUGUGUUUUUCCUGAUAAGCAGAACUUUGUUUGCAUUAGUUCUCCUGUCGAUAAUGUUAAUGGGGUUCCAGUUAGAGACUGCAAGUGGGUGGAAAAGGCAUGGAAGGGACUCUUAUAG